AUGCCUACUCUUUCUGCCUUUGAAGAUGUGCCCCUUGCCCAGAAGUUGGGGGGCAGCUUGUUAAAGAUCUACAAACAGGAUAAUCACCUCAGAAAAAUGUUCCUCUCCUAUAAAGUCUGCUUCACCAAAGAAGGCCAGCCCUGGAUCUCUCCUGUGGUGCCUAAGAUUCGACAGCAGCUGUCGCGGGAUCCCUCCUUGAACUAUGAGUAUUUGCCUGCGAUAGGCCUGAAAUCAUUUAUCCAGGCCUCCUUGGAUCUCCUCUUUGGAAAGUAUAGUCAGGUCAUCAUGGAGAACAGGGUAGGGGGCUUGCACACUGUGGGUGACAGUGGUGCCUUCCAUCUUGGUGCACAAUUCCUCAAAAUAUGGUACAAGAAGUCUCAAGACGUUUACAUCAUUUCUUCUCAGGGAGAACGUCAUGGACAAAUCUUCAGGGACAUGGGCUUUAUGGUUCAUGAAUACUCCUUCUGGAACUCCAACAAGCUGCGCAUAGACCCCAACUUGAUCUUCAGUGUGGUGGAGAACAAGGAGAUUUUCCCCUUUUUUGACAUUCCCUCUCAAGGUUUCUUUACUGGCGAUCUGGAAGAAGAUACUAGAUUCUUACAAUACUUUGUGGAUCAUCGCUUUGAGUUUUUCUGCAGCCAGUUCCUGUCUAGGAAUUUUGGCAUUUAUGAUGAAGGAGUUGGCCUCCUGGUUGUGGUGACAUUCAGCAAUCAAAUCUUGCUGUGUAUUCUCUCCCAGCUGAUGAAAAUCACCCAAGCCCUUUGGCUAAAUCCUCCCAACACAGGCGCUCGCAUAAUCACCUCUAUUCUCAGCAACUCUUCUCUGCAGGAAGAAUGGAAGCAGAGUCUAAUUGAGGUUGUGGAGAACAUCAUGAUGAUCAAGGAAAAGAUGAAAGAGAAGCUCCGGCUCAUGGGCACGCCAGGUUCCUGGAAUCACAUUACUGAACAGAGGGGAACCCACUGUAAUAUUGGGCUCAAUAGCCAACAACUGGAUUAUUUGAUCAAAAAGAAGCACAUCUAUAUUUCCCAGAAUAGUUGCAUCAACUUGACCUGUGUCAAUGGCAGCAACAUCGAUUACAUUGUACAGAGUAUCUACGAGGCUGUCAUCUUUACAAAGAGCUUAGAACAAAAGUCUCUGGGAACUAUUCAUUCCUGAUUAGAAUAAAGGCUUUAAUCUCUGCAAAA